AUGAGGGUUCUCGCGUUAUGCCUCGCUCUAGUUCCAGCCCUUGCUGCGCCCCUCAAUGAGCCGGGGAGUAGUGAUGGCAUUAACGGCUAUGGCAAUGUGGGCAAUAAUGGUAACGGUCUACAUGACAGUCACAAUGGCGGCAAUAAUGGCAACAGUCAACAUGGAAAUGGCAGUGCCGGCAGCGCAGGCCCCGUUUGCAGUGGAGCGCUACUCAAUAGCCAAGCACAGUGUUGUACGACUGGUAUCUUAAACUUGGCCAACACAGACUGCAAGCCAGCGUCUCGAUUGUAUAGCAGCACCGAUGAUUUUAAGGCUGCUUGUGCUUCCGACGGCCGAAGCGCCCAAUGCUGCUCUAUCCCAGUUGCUGGCAUGGCUUUACUGUGUAACCCUGUUGCUUGA